AUGACAUAUUCAAAAAUUUUUUUAGGAGAUUUACCUGAAUUAACAAGUUUAAUUAUACAAUAUUUUCAGAAUGAUUUUUCAACAUUAUAUUCAUGCAUUUUGGUUAAUAGAUUGUGGUGUCGUUUAGCAAUCCCAUUAUUGUGGGAAGAUCCUUUUUCUAUUCCUGCCAAAAAUUGUAGAUUUAUUGAAAUUUAUUUAUAUAAUUCAAGUGAAGAUGAUAGAGCAAAAAUAAAUCGAUUUGGAAUUAACAUAAUUCCUUCGAAUACAUUAUUUAAUUAUCCUAGUUUUAUUAAACGUUUUAAUACACAUAAAUUUUUUAAAUCUAUUAAACAGUGGCUUUAUACUGUUAUUAAAGAAAGAUCAUUUUUUUCAUCUUUUUAUUUAACAGAAUUGAUUAUUUUGAUAUUAAUUAAAAUAUUCGUUCAAAAUGAAAUUGAUUUACAUACCUUGGAAAUUGAUACUGCAAAAACGGAUGUUCAAAUUAGAUAUUUUAAACCUGCAUUUAACUUAAUCUUACAAAAUCCAAAUUUAAAUCAAAAUAUCAAAACUUUAAAACUUAAUUGUGAUUAUGAUGAAUAUAUUGAAGAAUUUUCAACACAAAUAAUUAAAUCACAACAAGAUCUCAAAAAAAUUAUAUUUAAAUUUGAUAUUUAUAAUUUAUAUAUUUUAAAAAGUUCUAAUUGUUUAAAUACAUUAAAAAUUAUUAUAUUUCAUGGAAUUGAUUUUAAAAAUAUUAUGAAUUUAAAACAAAUUUUUGAACAAUUAAAUGUUUUAGAUUCUAUUCAUAUUAUUUAUUGUACUUUAAAUUCUAGAAUUAUUCAACAAAUUUUUAAUAUGACUAAACCAUUUAAAUUAAAAACUUUAUUUGGAAUAUUUGAAAUUAAAUCAUUAUUAUUAUUAUUACAAAAAUCUGGUGAUUAUUUAGAAAAUAUUAGAAUUGAAACAACCACCAAUAAUAUAUUAUUACAACAAUCAUUUGAUUUGAUUAAAAUUUAUUGUACAAAAAUCAAACUUAUUGAUUUAUAUGGAUUUGAACAUCAAGAUUUUAAUUUAGCUCUUGAUUUGAUUAGAAAUAUUGGUCAAAAUCUUAAUUAUCUUUCUUUUGAUAUCACUAAAUUUCCUUCUGGUUUUUCAUCUCAUGAUUUUAAAUUUAGUUCAAUUUUAUUACAAAAUUUAGGACAAAUUCUUCCUUAUAAAUUAGAAUAUUUAAAUUUAAUUUUUAAGAUUAAUGCAAGUGAUUUUAAAAUCUUUCUUACAAAUUCUCAUAACAUUUUUAUUAGAAAAUUAUUAAUUCGAAAUAUGAUGUAUGAUAAAAAUGAAGAUAUCUUACCUUAUAUAAAAGAAUAUAUUAUGAAAGAGAAAAGGGUUACAUAUUUUGCUAUGGAAGAAAUUUUACCUAAGGAAAAAAAGAAAAGAAAGAGAAAAAAUAACUUAUCUUCAUUACAAAAUGAAGUAAAAGAAUUUCAAUUAUAUAAUAUUAAAGUUCAAAAUUAUGAUGACUUAUUUAUUAAUUUUUGUGAAUUAAUAGAUUAA